GGGCGCGUCACAAAUGACAAAACACGUCGGCCUCAUGUGUUUUGUUGUGGUGGUUUAUAUAGCCUUGGUUGUGGUGAUGCAUGUGUCUUCAUUCUUGUGUAAUUUCAGCGUGUAUUCCGUGUCACUGCUAUUAGGUUAUUCACCUCAGUGGCUUUGAAUUUUAUUGAAGAUGCCUGAUAUUAAAAUAAGCCAAGUAAUGGCUUUCAGCAGUGAAGAUCCGGGUUUCCCAGCAAAUAAUUUGCUAUGCACUGAGAGCUACAAGAAGUGGAAGAGCAAAAGUGCUGGUGAAAAGGAAGUUUCAGUGCUGCUAAAAUUUGAGAAGAGUUCUGAAAUAGAUGCUGUUCAUAUUGGAAAUGAAGGCUCUGCUUUUGUUGAAAUUUUGGUUGGAAAACUGGGAGAGGAUGUCAGAGAUUUUCAGGUGCUGCUACCCACCUCCUCGUUCAUGAGCCCGGCCGAGUCGCGCGGCGGAACCAACCCGGGCCGGGUACGUCUGUUCGACCGCGACAAACUGUCGGCGGCGGCGCUGGGCCGACCGUGGGACUGCGCGCGCGUCGUCUGCACCCAGCCGUUCUGCCGCACGUCUCCCUACGGACUGGCGUUCGUGCGGUUCCGGAGCGCCGAGCAGCCGGAGAAGCAGCCGCAGCAGACGGAGAAACAGCCGGCGCAGCAGACGGUGCGGCUCGGGGCGUUCACUCUGAAGCCGGAGUCGGAGGAUACGAUCCGCACCGGGGGCCUGUUUAACCGGCGGGCAGAGCUGGGCGCGGCCGCCGGUGGCGGGACUCUGAAGCGGGACGACCGCUCUGACCGUGUGGUGCCUCCGCGCCGUCCGCCGGCCGACGCUGUCGCGAGCUCCUCCUCUGAGCAGGCGCCCGAGCCAACCGGUCACUACCAGCUGAAACCGGAGACCAAGCAGAGAGCACGCCCCGAGAAUACCCCCGUCCGCAACGGCGCGAAAGCUGGCACGUCGUCCCCCUCCGUCCCGGCCGCCGCGGCUCGGCCAAACGCUGCUCAGAACAAGGCGGAAGGCAUCCCAAAGAGGCCAGCUUCAACUCCAAAGGGGCCAGAUACCGCCCCAAAGAAGCCAGAUACUACCCAGAAGCGUGAUCAGAAGCCGGCUGCUCGCGGCGCCGGGACCGGUUCGUCCGCACCAACCAGUAACGGCGCGGCGGCCGGCUCCGGCGACGCCAGCGCCGCGCCGCGGCCGCCCGCAAACGCCAUCUACCGUCCGUACAAGAAACUGCUGUCGGGCGUGGUGUUCGCGAUGAGCGGCUACCAGAACCCCCGGCGUGGAGAUCUCCGAGAGCAGGGCAUCAAGCUGGGCGCCACGUACCGGCCCGACUGGGGGCCCGGAUGCACACAUCUUAUCUGCGCGUUCCGGAACACGCCCAAGUUCACGGCGGUGCGCGGGAAGGGUAAGAUAGUGCGCGGCGAGUGGCUGACCGAGUGCGCCAAGCAGCGUCGCCGGCUGGGCUGGAGGAAGUUCGCCACGGACCCGUCCGACAGCCGGCAGCCGGACAGCGGUGACGAGCUGUGGGCCGAGGACCUGCGACCAGCGCCGCCGCCAGGUGCGCCGCAAUCGUCAACUACCGCGCCGUCCGCCGCGGGUGCGUCACAGACGUCAUCGGCUGCGGCGGAUGACGACGAGUACGGCGGCAGCACCGAUGACGACAUCGACACCGAUGACGAGAUCAGAAUGUUCCACGAAUCCAAAGCCAAGGAGUCGUCGGACGGUGCUGCUAAGCCGACCCCGUCCACUACCUCAGCACCAUCCCGACAAGCAUCAUCACCCUCAGUACCCCGCAGCACCAGUCCUCAGUCCACAGCCACCAAACGACCGCCGCCAUCACCGGAGGCCCCUUCCAAACGGGCCGCGUCGGGAGCCUACCGCGCGCCGGUGCAGGUCGACUCCGAUGACGUCUAUGAUGCCGAUACCGAUGAAGACGAACCGAAAAUGGAGGAGGGGAACGGUCGGCCAGACACGAGCGCGCUGGAGGUUCCCGAUCUGCCCGAUUUCCUCCGCGGGAGGACUUUCCUCCUGUACGGGGACGCGAUGUCGACAGAGGAGCGACGCCAGGCAGCUCGAGCGAUCACCGCGUUUGGAGGCAAGCUGGAGCAGUAUUUCGGUGAUACUGUGCAGUACGUUAUCACGAAGGAUGCGUGGGAUGAGAACUUUGACGAGGCGGCGUCUGAUCAUCCUGAGCUGAUGUUUGUGAGGCCGGGCUGGCUGGAGGCGUGCGCGCGGAAGGGGAAAUUUGUGCCGCUGCAGCCCUACCUGGUUACCGCCGCAGUGUGAGGGGAGAAGAAUGGCAGCUUCUUACGACAGAUAAAAGCGAUCGUUUGUCGGUAUCGAGGACCAUUGUGCGGCUCCUGAUUCCCAGGGAUGGUUUUAUGCGCCCCUGCAUUGUUGGCGCAAAGUGCACGAGUUCAGCCGUCAUUGCACAAGUGAUCCUUGUGAGUUUGCUGUGAACGUGUGAUAUUUAUUUUCGAUGCUACGACAAUGUCGGUGCCAGUAGCUGGGAUGGGGACCGGGCGUGGGGGCCGAGGCCUUUUCACAGGGCUCGAAGGAAACUAGGCACGCGGUACAAAGCUGCUUACUGAUUAAGUGUUGCUGUAGCCGCGUGGUAUUGGUGCUCGGCGAACUGUAAGCAACAUCACGCCUCUUGUUUCUGCUGUUUUGCAUCUUGGAUUGCCAUCGCUACACUAUAGCCUUGUUUGUGCCUGACGAGUGUUCACGGUGUGGUAUGUAUUCCUAGUCUCAACUAGCCUUAGAGGAUUGCAAUCGCAAUUGUGUGACUCAUGUUCGGAUCUGACGUGUUUCUCUGCGCGUUGUUAUUCGUGUGUGCGCCUCUGCCAUAGUCAAUACCAGACUCACGCCAAUGUACAAA